AUUUUCAAGUACGAUCCGGAAGACUCCAAUAUCCAAGCGGUUACUUCUGGCGACACGCCGUACACCUCGGCGGCGACGUUCGAGGACCUGAACUUGUCGCCGGAGCUUUUGAGAGGACUCUACGUUGAGAUGAGGUUCCAGAAACCGAGCAAGAUCCAAGCUAUAAGCUUGCCGAUGAUCUUGAAUCCGCCGCAUCGUGAUUUGAUCGCUCAGGCUCACAACGGUUCCGGCAAGACCACGUGCUUUGUUUUAGGGAUGCUUAGUCGUGUGGAUCCUUCGGUGCAAGCUCCUCAAGCUCUCUGCAUUUGUCCAACGAGGGAGCUUGCUAUUCAGAACACUGAAGUUCUCCGGAAGAUGGGGAAGCACACAGGGAUUAGCUCGGAGUGUGCCGUUCCGACAGAUAGCAGGGAUUCACUUCCAAUUCAAAAACGGGAGCCAAUUAAGGCUCAGGUGGUUAUUGGGACUCCUGGCACCAUAAAGAAGUGGAUUUCUUUCAAGAAAUUGGGUGUGACCAGAUUGAAGAUUCUUGUCUUUGAUGAGGCUGAUCAAAUGCUUGCUGAGGAUGGUUUUAAGGAUGAUUCCUUGAGGAUAAUGAAAGAAAUAGAAAAAUUCAAUUCUAGCUGCCAGGUUCUUCUAUUUUCUGCCACAUUCAAUGACAUUGUCAAGAACUUUGUUGAGAGGACAGUUAAAAAGGACCAUAAUAAACUUUUUGUUAAGAAAGAAGAGCUUUCUUUAGAUGCUGUGAAACAGUAUAAAGUGCGCUGCCCUGAUGAGUUGUCGAAGAUUGAGGUGAUAAAAGAUUACAUAUUCGAAUUAGGAGAAAAUGUGGGCCAAACCAUCAUAUUCGUGCGCACGAGACAGAGUGCAAAAAUGCUGCACAAGUCACUUGUCGAUAUGGGUUAUGAGGUUACCUCGAUACAAGGUGCUCUUGACCAUGAAGAGAGAGACAAAAUUGUCAAAGAGUUCAGAGAUGGUUUGACUCAAGUUCUUAUAUCCACGGAUGUUCUUGCUCGAGGCUUUGAUCAGCAACAGGUCAAUUUGGUUAUCAACUAUGAUCUCCCAAUAAAACAUACUGCGGAGUAUACACGGGAAUUUGAGCCUGAUUAUGAGGUGUACUUGCACAGAGUUGGUAGGGCUGGUCGAUUUGGCCGUAAGGGGGCUGUGUUUAACCUAAUAUAUGAUGAAAAAGAUGAAAGGCUGAUGUCAAAGAUCGAGAACCAUUUUGGCACCCGUGUAUCAGAGGUACGAGAAAAAAGUGUUGAAGACUAUAAAGCUGCUCUUAAGGAAGCCGGUUUAUUACAAUGAGCCAAGAUGGCGUAGGUUCUGAAAUAGUUACAUAGGGUGUUCUAUUUUUAAUUAUACAUGAAAAUUAAGUAUGAGGUUGUAUUUAAUAUUGGUGACAGGUUAUUUGAUGCCAUUUUUGUACUAAAAGAUACCAAGAGGAAUUUGAUUUAAAGGGAAACAAUAUGUCGCUAUAUUCAUUAGUUCAAUCCUGCUAGCAAAUUAUUCAAGGGUUUACAUUUAUGUGAAUGAAGCACGUAUGUGUGUCUUUAUCUGU